GACCGAAUCAGUUAAUGCCGAGAAGAAACGUCAUCCCUGUCGCGCAGCCUAUUUCCUGAUUGUGCAAGGGCGGUAGUGGGGGCGUGGAACCCUGCCAUCUUCAUAUUCCACAUUAAGACGGCGCAACCGCCAUCUUAACUUCUCAUCUUUUUAAUAGACGCAUGUUCGCUAAUUUUGUAUUUGUAGAAAAUACCAACGCGUUGUCAAUUCCCAUAAUUCAUAGCGGUUUAAUCACCAUCUCUAGUCAUUUCUUCUUCACUCCUUCGUCUAUCCGCAUACCAAUCUCGUCGCUGGUGACGUCGUCUUAUCUCAUCCCACGUAUCCUCCAUUCCAACCAGCAAUUCUCCGAACUGCAAAUCACUAUUACUACCCUCAAUACAUACGAAUCGCUUUACUGCACCCAUAGUUACCUUCCAUAUAUUACUACCUAGGUACUAAUCUAAUUAUAUUGAUCAUCAAUAUCUAUCAGUUAACACGCAACAACCAUUGCGCGUCAGAAUUACGCAUCAGAGCCGCGCGAAUAAAAUUCCGAGUUAGUAUGGCAUCAGUAACAUCCUUGGACAAGGACUUGCGAAAGUUGCGCCUCGAAAAAUAUACGCCAGCUGCUGCGAACGAAGCCCAGUCGUGGAUUGAGAGUGUGUUAGGUAGCAGACUUCCAUCCAACGAUCUUCUCGACGGACUUAAGGAUGGCGUUGCUCUAUGCAAACUCAUUAAUUUGGCCGUCGGUCCUCCCGGCGUUAAAUUCAAACAAUCUGCUAUGCCUUUCAUCCAGAUGGAGAACAUCUCACAUUUCCUGCGCGCCUGCCAAUCGCCACCCCUGAAUUUGCAAGACCACGAUGUGUUUCUUACAGUCGAUUUAUACGAGCGGAAAGAUCCCGCCCAAGUUCUCCAGUGCCUCGGCGCUUUCUCUCGAGCGGCGCAUUCCCUUAACCCCUCCGCAUUUCCCUCUCCCAUUGGAUCAAAGGCGAAAAUAUCCGCCACCAUGAGCCCGCAAAGCACAGGUCCAACGACGCCGCGCAAUAGGAAACUUUCUAAUGUCAGCAACAACUCGUCUACGUACGGUUCACGGUCCGGUAUAACCCCUACAAAAACCGGAGACUCGGGUUCGGGGCGCUGGAGUCCUACCAAGAGUCCACCGCCAUCGAGCGAACGUGUAGGAUCGCCGUCCGUAUCUAGUUGGAGCAAGAGAGACCUCGAGGGAGUUACAAGCCCCGCAUGGAAUAUUGCGCAGUACGGCUAUAUGGGCGGCGCAAGUCAAGGCAACCUAGGUAUAUCUUUCGGAGGGCGGCGACAGAUUACUAGCGCCAGUCCUCUUGUCCCCAGCUUGGCCGAUAAGGAGCGCAAGCGCAAAGAGCAGGAGGCCGAAGCCGAACGACGGAGGUUACAAACAGAUGAUCAGCAACGUAUCCGUAAGGCUGACCUAGAAGCUGAAGAGGAACGGGCACGGUUAGUAGAGGAGCAUAGAUGGGAAGAAGAGACAAGACGGCUGCGCGCCGAAGAAAAGCGCAAGGCGGAAGAAGAGAAACGUCGGUGGGAGGAGGAAGAGCGCCAAUGGAAACUAACAGAGGAGAAACGAAGGAGGGAAGAAGAAGAAGCCGAAGCAAAACUAGCCGAAGAGCGUCGCCGUGCGAAGGGCAAAAACGAUAACCGAUUGCAAGGGCAAUUCCUUAGCCAAUACCAAGCCGAACACGAUAUCACGCCGCAAAAGAGUGGCGGUGGCGGGUAUAGCGACCGCAUCAAACAGUUAGAGCAGGAAUUAGAGUUGGCAAGGAAGCGAGAGAUGGAAUAUGAGGAAGAACGACAGAGGCGGUCACAGAACCGAGCGCGAUCUCGUAGCCGGCCAAAAAAGGCGGAAUCUAGACCACCUAGUCGCCAAGACUCAUGGCGACCGAAAGACGAGCGCGAGUUCCUCAGUACACAAUGGAAUCGACGUCAGCAAGAGCAGCGUGAGCGAGAGCAACAGCAAGAACAACAGCAAGAUAUUGCUCCUCCGCCUCCGCCGCGUCCACUCCCCGUGCCUGUACUGGCUGCACCAAUCAAGACCAAUCACACAGGAGAGAAACCACCUGUGCCCAUAAAACCCCAAAGAACUGGAGAGGGUAGGCCCCUUCCCAUUCCGGACCGGAUUAAGAACCAGGCAACUGGUGGCUCGAACCUAAACCCGUCGGCACGGCCUCUUCCUGUCCCAUCCCCGAAUUCUAACGGUAAUCGUACGGAUCGCUUCCUCGCCUCCAACCCGGCGCCCGCUCCGGCUCCUCCGCAGCAGACUUACUCUCGUGAGCUCGAUGUCACAGCAGAACGUGACGCGGAGGACAGGCGACGAGCCGAAUCACAAGCUAAGACGAAGGCAGGCGGUUGGGCCGGCAAGUCGUUACUAGAGCGCGAGAUGGAGAUGGAAAGGCAAAGACAGCGCGAAUGGGAGGAAUCGCAGCAGGAGACGGCUAAGGCGGUUAGAGCAGGCGAUGGUGUAGACGGUAUCGGCGGCGGGGUUGGUGGCCGGUGGGACGUUAGUCAGUGGAGCGGAUAUACUGGCGGCGACAGCCAAAACAAUGGAUCUGCGGGUAUUGGAGCUGGAAGGAGACAAAUCGUCGGGCCUAGGCCAUUACCAAACAGGCCCGGGCCGUGAACGCCCUUCCCGAUGGAAUAGUGCGGGAUUAGUUACCUAUCUGUUCAUAGCAGUGUAAUUAAGGCCAUGUGAGGAAUAGAGACCCAAUAACGACAUUAUGCAAUAUAUUUCAUCAAGUUCGACAUUGGAAUGUUCUCGGCUUAUCAUUUGAGGACGAUUAUGAAGAUGGAAGUUAUAAGUUUGAGUUCUAUUUAUGUCGGCCUUGGUUUGGCCUGAAAUAUAAAGAGUUGUUGAAGGCGGUAAGCGUACCUCUCUGUCUUCGUUCUGAUUUUAUUCUAUCGGUAG